CAUUCAUUUCGAAUCAGACCGCGAAGCCGAGUGGACGUACGUGCGUGUGCCUCGUGGAGUAAAGUUAACCGUAAACAGAGGAAAGCAACACGGUAGAGCUGAAUAGAGAAGUGUUUAAAUUCGUUAAAAUCAUAUUGAGAAAACUGUCGUGCGUGCAAGUGGAGUGAUUUGGCUCGUGCAUUUGUUUUUCUUACGGAAAGAGCGCAUAUCCAGAGUUCAAACAUUUAAAACGGAGGUGCAUUGAUAUUUCGUACCUUUGGUACAGGAUUUUCCACCGGAUUUGAUUGGGAGAAGAACAGGACGGAGUGUCCAGUUUUGUUGUCUGCUUUUAGCGCGCGCACUGCUCUUGUGCAUCCCCAACUGAUUGUGAUUGUGUGAGGAAAUAUUUUUACAUUGAGUGAAAUAAUUCUUCCCGUGGUUUACAAGUGUAAUUGUGCCUGUGUGUGUGUGUGUGUGUGCGUACGAUUUGUUAUUGUGAAGGUGUUAAUUAAGCGCAGGUUGGAAAAAAAACGUGUUCGGUCGAUGAAUUUCCCAGCAGAGUAAGAGUUUCGCCAUCGAAUUUGCAAGCGUGUUGGUGCAGCCAAGUGCAAAGUGAAACCCAAUACCAAGUGUGUGUGUAUUUGUUUGUCUGUGUGCUGAAAGGAAAAGCGGUUUGCGAAAAGAGUGAAAUUCAGAAUUGUGAGGUUCCGUAGCGGAACUGUCGUGUUUAUCUUUUGCGGAUAGAAUUGUUUUAGGGGAGAUGUACACUUAAACCGUUGCAGCGAGACCAAAAAGGAUUAAAUUCGAUCGAUCCGCCGGCGUCGAUACUGGAGGAGAAGAGCGGGUGUUCUAGAGUUUGAAGGACAAGUGACUCCACACAAUUCUCAGCAUUUUUGGAUAUCCCCCCUUCUGAUAAUCCAGUUUCUCUGAAGUGGAUUCUGCUCAGGAAUAGAGCUCCAGCUUACGCGUUAGGUGAAUGCUGCGUCGACAGUGUGCGGUAAUCCAACGGAGUGCGCUCGGGCUACUGCGAUCGUGUGGUGUGUUUCAUUCGUGCGUACAGCAUUCGCGUGUGCGUGUUUCAGCCUCAAUUCAAAACGAAACGAGCGGUAGUGGAAAUGAAAUUGUGCGGCUAAUAGCUUGCGGAUUUUGCCUCCACCAGCCAUUACGACGGUUUUAAAGCAGAUAAACAGUGCGUGUUUGGUUUGAGUUUCCUGAAGGAAAGAUAAAAGAUACCCAUCGUGAAGUUUGUCAGCUUUUGAAGUGAUGUCCCAGUAGACAGGUGCCCUGUUAACGAGCGCGUAGCUUACAAGCACCCGAAACAAGCACAACACGUGUGAAGUGUCUUACGAGUUUUUGAGCCAAAGUCCCGAAAACAAACGCCAGCAUUGUAGUGUCAGCAUCUUCUUGCGCAUUGCCGGCUGUUGUUACGCAUCGACGCCCGUACCAAGGCGCGCGCUUCCAUCACCCAUCAGAGCAAACGCGUCUAAUGACGCGUCAGUCCAACGCAACAAGCGGAACGCGAUCAAACUGAAGUAACAUCAGCUAGAAGUACACGAGCAGCGAAUUUCCAUCGUCCAAACGUCCAUUCAACCUAUAAGCCCUCACUAUGGUAAACGUACGGUGGACCAUCAGCAGCACCAUGCUAACCGUGGCACUGUUCUGCCUGCUAGCACUGCUCCCUGCCCACACGGAAGCAUCCACCAGCAGCGUGUUCAAGGCGCUGGUCAUCGGUACCAACACGCAAGCCGUCACCUCCAGCACGCUGUCCUGGGAGAAGUUCAGCGAAGCCGAAACGCAUCUCCAGUUCGCGGUGCGAACGUUCGAGCCCGAGCCACACUCACGGGAGACGUCGGAAAGUGAGCAGCUACAUCCGUUGAGCUAUGUGUGCCGGGUGGAAAUCGAAGGCAUCUUCACCGCCGGCCACACCGUGACGGAGGACACGGUGACGGUCUGCAUCGUGGCGGCUCAGCUGUCCGAGGUCGAGCGGCACCAUGCGUUCGAGGUCCUGAUCAACAUGGGCGGAGGAGGCAAGCUGAAGUGGCAACCGUGGAGUCGAUAUCAUGCCGGUAUCUUCGGCGGUGCCGUCAGCGCCGGAAUGGGCAAGUUCUCCGACUACUACGUUGCCCGUACGCGUGCGAGACAGGGCGAGGGACAUCAUCAUCACGCCGGACACGACGGCUAUGUGGUGGGUAAUUUCGACCCGAACGUGAAGCUCACCGGACGCAUUAAUGCACCGCUGCCCGGUUCCACCACGAGCACGGAACACGAGCAUGGUGACAUCUUGGUCGAAAUCGAACCGGUUAAGUACGAGCUGCGCUCCAUCAAGCAGAACAAGCUGCGAACGAUCAUCAAGAAGAACACGACCGUGCUUGGUUCCACCAUCCUGUCCAACACGGACGAUCGGACGAGCCUGGCGGAAACGGUCAUCACGUACGACUACAUGAAGGAGAUCUACUGGGGCAAGCACGAGGGCGUCGUGCAGGGUCUGUUCACCAAGGUGUACGAUUCCCGCUCCCAGCAGACGUCCAACGUUACCUGGGGCAUCAAGAGUGCCACUCGUCAUGUGGAGACAAAGUCAGUCAACACGAUGCUGGAACCGGGAACGGCCAUCAACGUGACGCUGUUUGGCAACUACACCGAGAUGGAGGCACCGUACACAGCCAUGCUCAAGGCAUACUACGACGACAACAGCGACCCUGUCAGCAGAAAGAUAAACUCUAUCAUGGUGAGCCGUGAUAUGGAGGACGUCAAGAUGGAGUACAGCCCGGUGUACUGGAUCGAGAAUGGUACGCUGGUGCCGACGACGACCACCACCACGACGACGACCACCACAACGACCACCACGACGACCACGACCACCACCUCGACGACCGAGGCGACGACCAGCUUGCGCCCGGUACCGAUCAACAGCACGCCCGUCGAGGGUGGCACCAUGAUCGAUGAGGACGGUAUGAGCAACGAGAUCGGGCACGCACCGUCCACCAGCCGCGAUCUGGACGUGAGCCGGAGCAACGAAAAGCUGGAAGGCUCGCUCGACAACAUGUCCAGCCGCAGCCGAAGCCGGAGCCCGAACGGUGCCACCGGCAGCUUGAAGGCGGUGACCACGCUUAGCAUAUGGUUGGGAGCGGUCUCGCUUGUCCUGGCGUUGCGCCGCAACUAAACCCUCCUCCCCUUCUCCCUACGGAACAUGUUGUCCCACAUCUCAAGCCAGGGACACAAUUUCAUCUCACCACCACCAUCCCACCACCCCAAAUACCCAAGUUCUUCUGUGCGCUGUAUGGUGAGCUUCUCUUUCCCCCCACCCCCCCUUUUUCGGCUGCAAACUUUCCCAAUAAGCGGUUACAUGGGAUCGUUUCGCUAGAGCGGGGGCGGGAACUUGUUUUUAUUUUAUCAAACAAAUUUAUUUUAAGUCCUGAAAGGCCAAGACGCCAUUAGUUGUUUAAGACAUUGCUUUCGAGUGUGCGAGUGGAGCGGAUCGCGACCAGCUUUCACGUGAUUGUCGCGUUAUCAUUAUCAGCAUCACGAUCAUCAUCAUUCGCGUUACACGGUGGGAGAGAGAGAGAGAGCCGAACCAUUUGGAAGCAUUUUGUUACGUGGCGUGGCGUGGAUUUUUGUUUCCAGUUUUUUUUGGACGAAAUUACGCUCGUAUGCACUGUUUCUUAGGAAUAUUAAGGCUAGCAGAGAACGAGAUCAAGCGAGAGAGAGAGAGUGAGAGGAGUGAUACAGUGAUAAGGAAGGAAAGCGGUAGUAUGAGAUGCAAUUGUGUAUGCGUGUGUUUGUAUGUGUGAGUAAAAUGUAAGUCGUUACCCGUAAGUGCUUGUCCGUUUAGUUCUGUAUAUAGGCUUCUAGUUCUAGCUGCUGGGACACACCUUCGGCCGCGGUUUAAGCUAAACGCAAAAAAAGCUUCUGCAACAUUGUCAGCAACAUUGACCCAGCAAUGCCUGCUCUUUUGGUUUGUCUUACCAAACCCAAGAGCUUUCCCUAACCUUUCCGGAAUCAGCCGAAAACCGCCGUCGAGAUGAAAUUGUGUAUUAAGUUUUGCUUGAGUUCUGUGUAUAUAGCGCCUGUAGUAAUAUAUAUAUGUAGGCUGGCAGCUGCCUCCCCUUUGAGUUUUCCGAACAAUUAAACCACCCGGGAAGCAUUUUGCCAGCUUCGUCGACAUAAUCGUUUGUUCUUCAAACCCCUUUCGAAGCAGCUUCCCCGUUCAAAUCGUUUUAUCGUGCGCUAAGCAGUGCGCCAAAUGUACGCAAACCAAUAGAACCAUUCGCGUUUGCAAAAAUGUGCAAAAAUAAUAUGGAAACAGCAAACAAUUGCCGGCCACAAUUCACAUUCCAUUCCGAUGGUUUUGCGAAAAAUGAAAGAGAGAGAGAGAGAGAGAGAGAGAGAGAGAGAGAA